GCGAGCGAGCGGCCGACCUGCCAACACUCACUGACACUCACUCAUCUCAUCUCAGACCGCGCCGGAGACCGACGCGCUUUCCACAGACUCUCCGAGUGUCCUUUUUCUUUCCUUUUUUUUUUUCUUUUUUUUUUUUUUUUAAUGUAGUAAUAAAACAAGAAAGCGGACCGGAGGCAUAAAGGAGAGAGGGACUUGUGGGAUGAAAACGGGGCUAAAAAGAUUCAUCUUCUCUUGAACAUCAUCACCAACCAUCAUUCAUUCAUUACCUUGACAACCUUGGGCUUUGAUUGACAGCUGGAGUGGCAAAAAGCCAUGAGACGCGACAGUUUGGUUGCACGCAGGUUGUUGAUGGGCCGGCUGUAACCUUCAGUUUGGGGCUCGACUUUUUUUCUCUUUCUUUUCUGGGGGGGGCAAAGAGGAAAAGAAGAAUAAUUGGAAAACUCUUCCUGAUGCCUGCGCUCGUUCUCAGCCGUAGUACUGGAGAAUAGGAGGAAUUCGCCAAGUUUGCUCGAAAAGGGGAUCUUUUGCAGCGCGUGAGUUUGUGAGCGGACUGGGAGAUUCAAUCUACGACACAGAGCCCGAGGUUUAUUGGAGCGCAGGCUGAUGGCGCAAAGGUACGAUGAGUUGGCUCAUUACGGCGGCAUGGACGGGGUCGGUAUGUACGGGGAUCCUCACGCGCCUCGGCCGCUGCCGCAGGUCCAUCAUCUGAACCACGGACCGCCGCUCCACGCCAGCCAGCACUACGGCACACAUGCCCCCCAUCCCAAUGUCAUGCCCACCAGCAUGGGCUCGGCUGUCAACGACGUGUUAAAGAGGGAUAAAGAUCAAAUUUACGGUCAUCCUCUGUUUCCUCUGCUGGCUCUGGUCUUUGAGAAGUGUGAGCUGGCCACAUGCACUCCUCGCGAGCCCGGGGUCGCUGGGGGAGAUGUGUGCUCCUCAGACUCCUUCAACGAGGACAUCGCUGUCUUCGCCAAACAGGUCCGCGCAGAAAAACCUUUAUUUUCUUCGAAUCCAGAAUUGGAUAAUUUGAUGAUACAAGCCAUACAAGUAUUACGGUUUCAUCUUUUGGAGCUAGAAAAGGUGCACGAACUCUGCGAUAAUUUCUGCCAUCGGUACAUCAGCUGUUUGAAAGGAAAAAUGCCCAUAGAUUUAGUGAUUGAUGAACGGGAUGGCAGCUCAAAAUCAGACCACGAGGACAUCUCGGGAUCUUCCACGAACUUAGCCGAUCAUAUGGGGAAAAUGGACGGAUGGUUCCGCUCUGACCGUCUCCAGAACCCAGCGUCCUGGAGAGAUCACGAUGAUGCCACAUCCACACACUCGGCCGGCACGCCAGGACCUUCCAGCGGAGGACACGCGUCACAGAGCGGAGACAACAGCAGCGAGCAAGGAGAUGGGUUAGACAACAGCGUGGCUUCACCUGGCACGGGCGAUGAUGACGAUCCAGACAAGGACAAAAAGCGACAGAAAAAACGGGGCAUCUUCCCUAAAGUCGCCACGAAUAUCAUGCGGGCAUGGCUCUUCCAGCAUCUCACACACCCGUAUCCUUCAGAAGAACAGAAGAAGCAGCUUGCUCAAGACACGGGACUCACCAUCUUACAAGUAAACAACUGGUUCAUUAAUGCCAGAAGAAGAAUAGUGCAGCCCAUGAUUGACCAGUCAAAUCGAGCAGGUUUUCUUCUUGAUCCUUCAGUGAGCCAGGGAGCGGCGUACAGUCCGGAGGGGCAGCCCAUGGGCAGCUUCGUGCUGGACGGACAGCAACACAUGGGCAUCCGGCCGGCAGGUCCUAUGAGUGGCAUGGGCAUGAAUAUGGGCAUGGACGGCCAGUGGCACUACAUGUAACGGCUGUACAGUAAAGAAAAGGGGGAAGUGAAUCGAGGCGCGCCGGGGAGUUCGUACCUCAGUGUGGUCCUGUGGGCAUCACCUCCUCCACCAGAAGCCCCUCGUCAUCUCCUCAUCAGCCUCGACCCGUGUGGCCAUGCUAAUGCACAGACCCCCUCCUCGACCUCGACUCCUCUGACCCCGGACCACAGCACUGCUGGACCGGCCAAUGACCGAAGGGAACCAACCAAUACUGGACAAUGACCCCACGAAAGAUUUGUGAAGGAAAAGAGAAAGUGCUGAAGCAUCCGACAGCAGAAUUACAAGCUUCUCACGGAAUUCCAGACGAGCUGUGAUCGUUUUUUAUCUUGUGAACUUUUGUUACUUUUGUUGCUGGAGGACCAAGAGCUGACAGAAACACUUUGUAAAGUUUUGGGUGUCUGUUCAAAUCAACUGAGGAUGUUUCCGCUUAUUAAACACACACACACACACACACACACACACACACACACACACACUCCAUAAAAAAAAAAAAAAGAUAUUAAAAAAAGACAAAAGAGACUCCAAGAGUUCAAACUACUGUAGAAUAAAAGCAUAGAAACUAAAUUAAAUCUUGUACAUUUGUAUCCUCUCUCAGUUUAUGUUUCAUGAGCUAGUCCUAGAGUAAAUCGUUGCCCUGUUUUUCACACUGUGUGUGCUGAUCCCGAGCAGAGGAGAGGAACGCACCACGAUGAUUCCUCCUCCAUCAGAGGUUCUGCCGACUGGAGCCUGCUCUCCUCCUGCUCUUUUCCCUCAUGCAUUUCCCCUUUCUGGUCCAUGAAUGAAUGUUGCCCUGUAGGUGAAGUUCUUCGUUUGAAUUGCCCAAGCACUGGAUUGUGUUGCUUUUAUACGUUUUUAUUUGAUUAUUAUUGUUAAUAUUAUUAUUAUUAUUAAUUUUGUAUCUGGGACUCUCAGAGUAAGAGCCUUAUGAAGGACGUGUAUCCUCGAGAAAGCCGCCCCCCGCAGCAGUGGGAUCAAUCUAUAUCCGCCGGAAGGACGACAGAGACGCACGCGCUUCUGCACAUACAGUACUCCAGAGACGCGACCGACGCGGAGGAAAACUUUAAAAGGAUGACAAAAAAAAGAACUUAAAUUAUGAACUCAAAGCUCGGUGAGAAGCUGAGAGAAUAUUGUAAGAAACUUCGUUCAGAGUUCAGUCUAUUAAUUGUUUCAUGUUAGAUAUUCUAUGUGUUUACCUCAACUGAAGACGAAUGUUUUUGCUAGUUUCAGAUCUGCUGUGGCAUUGAUAUUGUUAUGUCCAUGAUUCCCCUUCCUUUAUCAGCACGUGCUCCACUAGAAGAUGAAAACUGUCUCCCUCGAGUUUUGUCACAAAUACAUUCAGUACUUGUAUGAGGACUGUGGCGUGAUGUUUCAAAGGUGUUCAGUCACAAAUGCUGUAAUAAAUAUUUCAUUUUUGAUUUUGGUA